UGUGUGGUGCCUGCGACAGACCCGCUGUGUAACCCGCUGUGCCGACCGUGUCCACUGUGUGCGCGCUGCUGCCGCUGCACGACACGGGAGACACCGGCGUGGUGGUGAUUGGAGAGCCCUGCGGAGAGCUUCCGUGCCCCAGCACUGCCUCAGGAGCCCAGCCUGCUUGGUCCCCCUAGGUCCUCGCUGCCUGCGUGGCACCAUGAUCUGUGUCCUGAACAGAGUCGUCCCCUUGGGGCUGGUGCUGCUGGUCUGCGGAGCCCAAGGCUUUUUCCUGCCCAACGUCACCCACUUGGAGAAGCUGCUCAGCAAAUACCAGCAGGACAAGCCCCACUCCCGGGUCCGGAGGGCCAUCCCCAGGUCGGACAAGGAGGAGAUCCUCAUGCUUCACAACAAACUGAGGGGCCAGGUGUACCCCCCAGCCUCCAACAUGGAGUACAUGACCUGGGACGAGGAGCUGGAGCGGUCGGCGGCAGCGUGGGCUCAUGAGUGCCUCUGGGAGCACGGGCCCACCAGUCUGCUGGUGUCCCUCGGGCAGAACCUGGCCGUCCACUGGGGCAGGUACCGCUCUCCCGGCUUCCAUGUCCAGUCCUGGUAUGACGAAGUGAAGGACUACACCUACCCCUACCCCCACGAGUGCAACCCCUGGUGUCCGGAGAGGUGCUCUGGGCCCAUGUGCACCCACUACACACAGAUAGUCUGGGCCACGACCAACAAGAUUGGCUGUGCUGUGAACACCUGCGAGAGGAUGAACGUUUGGGGAGAUGUUUGGGAGAAUGCGGUCUACCUCGUCUGCAAUUACUCUCCAAAGGGCAACUGGAUCGGAGAAGCCCCGUACAAAACCGGCCGGCCCUGCUCCGAGUGCCCGCCCAGCUAUGGAGGCGGCUGUAAGAACAACCUGUGUUACCGAGAAGAGACGUACAGCCCCAAACCUGAAACAGACGAGAUGAAUGAGGUGGAGGUGGCUCCCAUUCCCGAUGAGAAGCCCGUCUGGGUCCAGCCGAGGGUGGUCAGACCCACGAAGCCCAAGAAAGCACCCGCGGUGACCUACAUGACCCAAGUUGUCCGAUGUGACACCAAGAUGAAGGACAAGUGCAAAGGGUCCACGUGCAACAGGUACCAGUGCCCCGCAGGCUGCCUGGACAGCAAGGCAAAGGUCUUCGGAACUCUGUUCUAUGAAAGUUCAUCCAGCAUAUGCCGGGCCGCCAUCCACUACGGAAUCCUGGACGGCAAAGGUGGCCUGGUGGACGUCACCAGGAACGGGAAGGUCCCCUUCUUUGUCAGGUCUGAGAGGAAUGGCGUGGAGUCUUUGAGCAAAUACAAGCCUUCCAGCUCAUUCGUGGUAUCAAAAGUAAAAGUGCAGGACCUGGACUGUUACACCACUGUUGCUCAGCUCUGCCCGUUCGAGAAGGCGGGGACCCACUGCCCCAGAGUUCAUUGUCCAGCACACUGCAAAGACGAGCCAUCCUACUGGGCUCCUGUGUUUGGAACUAACAUCUAUGCAGAUAGUUCAAGCAUCUGCAAGACGGCCGUGCACGCGGGAGUCGUCCCGAACGAGAGUGGGGGUUAUGUGGACGUGAUGCCCGUGGAUAAGAAGAAGACCUACGUGGGCUCGCUCAGGAAUGGAGUCCAGUCUGAAAGCUUGAGGACCCCUCGAGACGGAAAGGCCUUCCGGAUCUUUGCUGUCAGGCAGUGAAUUUCCAGCGCCGGGGAGAAGGGGGCAUGCGUCUUCAAGAGGGCUUCAGGGUUUUGCUUUUUAUUUUUGUCAUUUGGGGGGGGUGGGUGGGCUGGGGAUAUAGAGAGGCAGGAAACUUCCUUUGAAUGGCGUUCGGUGUCACACCCUUUGUGCCUUUGUCUCGAACCACAUGGAGAAACAGCGUCCCGGCCGGACAGCUGGUGACUGGUCCUGCUGAGGCCGAGGGUCUCCGUUUGUGUGCCCACUCUGCACGGACAGUUACCAAGGCGUUCCUCCCUGGUGCUUCUCGGUGGGCGGCGGGGAGAGGGUUCCAGGCCCUCGGAGAUGGCGGGGAUUUGGAGCUCACGCCGGGGGAGGCACGCAGGGGCGGGAAGAGGUAGAGUGAGCGCCUGCAAGGCGAGUUUCAGGAAUGGAGUAGAAGGUGGUUAUUUAAAAACUUUGAAAACACAGUCCAUCCCUACCAAUGGAGAAAAAUGGGUGUAAUGUUUGCUGGUCAGACACAUGGGCUGGAACCAGGGGGCUGGGGCAGUGAGGCCCGGGCCCUGCCCCGCCCCCUCCCUUGCCAGCACCCCGCCUCCAGCAGGCUGGUUCUGUAGACAGCAGUGCUGGUUUAUUUAGAGUUCCACAGUAACUCCAGAGAUUUAUCUUGUCUUUGUCUUCCCUUUGUCCACGUGGCCCGUCUGUUUGCUGCCGUGACCUUUGGUCUCCUUGAGGACAAAUGAACCAGCAUCCUUUCUUUGCCCCCUCCCCGUGCGGCUCCUGGCCCAGCCCAGACUGGUUUAUGCAUCACCUUCCCCACCAGGGUCUUUGCUUUGCAAGCAGUUCUGUUGGCAACACCCUCCCCCCGCCCCUUUUUUUUUCUCAACUCUUAGUGUCUGUUGGUUCCACUGAGGUGUCUACAAACAGCCGAAGGAGGGCUGUUUUGUUGCUGCUUUUAAAAAGCGACAAUGAAAUCCGCAGAGUCCCCAUGCAUCGGAUGACCUAGUUUUUAGCAGUGGGAGGAAUGGAUUACUGAGUACAUUCCUCGCCCAGGUUAGCAGCUCUGGGAAGAAGAACAGUUUGUGGUUAUGAAACCAGCCUGCGGUGCAAUAGCAAGAGAUGGUAACACUCUAGAAGGAUUUCUCUUCCUGUUUUUGUGGAACAAUUCUUGCCAAAUCCUCCUCGGGCUCCGAGGAGCGCGGUGCUCUCUGGGUCCCAGUUUAUAAAAGUUCUUCAUGAGCCCAGACCAGAAACCCACAGUGAAAUAAAAUAACUUUUUGUAAAUAGCAUUGCUUUGCAGAAGGUAAAAUUCUACCCUCCGCCACGAGGCUGGCUGAUCUCUCACUUUUGUGAACGCCGGGUUUACAUUUGAUUUCACCCUCCGUCAAGAUAUUUCAAAGGCAAAGGAACUAGCAGAGGGUUUAAAAAAAAAAAAAACAAAAAAAAAAACCAAACCAAACAAAGCAAAACCAAGAUGGUCCGGACAAGGAAGUCUACCUGGGGAAGUAAGCUUGAUGUGUUGCCGAGAGUAUCCCUCCCUCGUGCACACACUGGAGGUAAAUAGCUUCCUUCCUCCACCUUUAGGAAUUGGGUAAGAGCAAUGCUACCCUUAGCUCAACGGAGCUGAACUUAGCAGAGCUGUUUUUCCUUCGUGCACUGUGGGCUCGUAGUAAUUCAUAGGUUUUGACGAUUCAGCCCUAAAUGUCAGAGCACAAGAAUUUGGUCAGCCUGUCAGUUAUGUGUCUCAUGACAGCCCAAAGAUCUGAGUACUUGGAAACUUCUGGAUCCUAGGUGUUGUGCUGCUGGACGCUUACUUCCUCAGCCCCUGCUCUGCCACCAGCCUUUUGUGGUCUGUGGCUUUGUUGGGACUGCAGGGUUGGGGUUUUUAGAAUUCGUGACUAUCCAGGGGCUCUUCCCGGAAGCAUCCUUCCCAAGGGAGAAUCUGAAACGUCUGGUGUGAGCGGACCCCAUCACGUUCGACUCGAGUCCCCCGGUUGCUGGAUGCCUCAGUAACUGGCCGGUCUCAUGGGAUCGGCAGUCCUCACCCAGAGCCAGAACUCGCUCUCCUCUCCACACUUACGAACAUUUUGCAACUGGAACCAUUUUUCUUCUGAAAAUGGAAACAAGGCUGCAAAGUCUAACCCCCUGUGAUUAGAGACCACCUCUCAUUUUGUGUGUUAACAGGACCCAUCGUGCCAUCGGCAUGUAACCCACAUAGAAAGAUGACAAAUCAGGCCAACACUGUUUCUGGGUCUCCCGCCCCCAAAAUGAAAAGUUCUUGUUUCCUUCAGAUUUCUGCCCCAUCACGUUCUGGUUUUUUAUAUUGUCUGUAGGCUCACUCAGCCCGCAGCUUACAUGUGUGCUUUUUUCUAUGAAAAAUGAUGUAUUUUACUACUUCCUAUGUACAAAAGUUUAUUGUAAAUUUGUGUGUGUGUGUGUGUGCUUUGCAUGAACAGGGACCACGUUGCUGUUGUUUCAAUAAAACUGGUUUGAUUUCUAAAGUGU